AUAAGAAAUUGGUCGAGCAAUGUGUCGAACCCUUUCAACAACGGGGAGAUGUUACUGAUGUUCUUUGUAUCUUCGACGUAAAAACAAGUUUUGGACUUCCACACAAAAUGACUUCUUUAGUUAUUUUAUGUUUAAGGAAGUGUGUAGGUCACAUUCUGUAUCAUACAGCUAUGCAUGUUAUAUAUUUAGAACCACCUGUUCAAUUGGAAUCCAGCGACGUCUGUGUCUUCGGUGUCCUAGAACUGUCCAGGUUUUUGUGUUCUGACUUGUAAAACAGGAUGAAUAAAAUAAGUAAUGUAAACAUAUCAGUAAUUACCAGGAAGCUCUACAUUUGUUUUAAAAUCACACUAAGAUUUUUAAAACUGGCCUCGGGUUAUUGAGAGAUCUGAUUUAGGAUUUACCCUCGUAGCAAGGUUGUUUUAUCAUGUGGUUUCAUUCGGGUCUCUAUUUAAAAAUAACACUGUCUUUGGCAGGAGAAAGGCCAGACUCGGAGGAACCAGAGCCAGGGACGUCCAAACUAGCAAGACGACACCACUGCUCCCAGUGUGGAAAGAGUUUUCACCAGAAAGCACACCUGAAAGCUCAUGAGAGAAUACACACAGGAGAGAAGCCUUACCACUGCUCCCAAUGUGGAAAGUGUUUCAACCAGUCGGGGGAGCUGAAACAACAUGAGAGAAUACACACAGGAGAGAAGCCUUACCACUGCUCCCAAUGUGGAAAGUGUUUCAACCAGAGAGUAAACCUGAAACAACAUGAGAGAAUACACACAGGAGAGAAGCCUUACCACUGCUCCCAGUGUGGAAAGAGUUUCAACCGGAAAGCAAACCUGAAAGCUCAUGAGAGAAUACACACAGGAGAGAAGCCUUACCACUGCUCCCAAUGUGGAAAGUGUUUCAACCAGUCGGGGGAGCUGAAACUACAUGAGAGAAUACACACAGGAGAGAAGCCUUACCACUGCUCCCAUUGUGGAAAGUGUUUCGUCCAUUUGGAGGUGCUGAAACAGCAUGAGAGAAUACACACAGGGGAGAAGCCUUACCACUGCUACCAGUGUGGAAAGGGUUUCAACCAGAGAGGACACCUGAAACUACAUGAGAGAAUACACACAGGAGAGAAGCCUUACCACUGCUCCCAUUGUGGAAAGUGUUUCGUCCGUUCGGUGGAGCUGAAACAACACGAGAGAAUACACACAGGAGAGAAGCCUUACCACUGCUCCCAAUGUGGAAAGAGUUUCAGCCGGAAAGCAUUCCUGAACCAACACGAGAGAAUACACACGGGGGAGAAGCCUUACCACUGCUCCCAGUGUGGAAAGCGUUUCAACCAUUCAGGGAAGCUGAAACGGCAUGAGAGAAUACACACAGGAGAGAAGCCUUACCACUGCUCCCAAUGUGGAAAGUGUUUCAACCAGCCGGGGGACCUGAAACAACACGAGAGAAUACACACGGGAGAGAAGCCUUACCACUGCUCCCAGUGUGGAAAGCGUUUCAGCCAUUCAGGAAAGCUGAAACGGCAUGAGAGAAUACACACAGGAGAGAAGCCUUACCACUGCUCCCAAUGUGGAAAGUUUUUCAGCCAGAUAGGAUACCUGAAACAACAUGAGAGAAUACACACGGGGGAAAAGCCUUACCACUGCUCCCAGUGUGGAAAGUGUUUCAACAAUUCAGGGACGCUGAAACGACAUGAGAGAAUACACACAGGGCAGAAGCCUUACCUCUCCUCCCAGGGUGCAAAGCUUUUGCCCAUUUAGGAAGCCUGAAAGAACACAUUAGACUGCACACAGAGGAGAAGGCUUAGAAAAGCUCAGACUGUGGGAAAACAUAGUACUCAUAACAGUCAUUUAAACGUCAUUAGAGAAUCCACACAGGAGAGAGAAAUUACUUCUCUUAGCGUGUAUAUUGAUAUUUCACAUCACAUUGGCUUAAAAUUCAUCAGAGAACAUACACAGUGCUCCCAUUGUCUUAUAUUGUUGACCGACAAUGUGUUUACCUGUCUUUACCAUAUGAAAUUAAAUGGUACAGGGUAUACUCAAACAUAUAUUUGACCUACAAAACUAAGGACAUGAUUGUGGACUUCAGGAAACAGCAGGGGGAACACCCCCCUAUCCACAUCGAUGGAACAGUAUUGGAGAGGGUAGUAAGUUUUAUGUUCCUCGGCAUACACAUCACAGACAAACUGAAUUGGUC